GCGCACUUAGGCUAUCCGUCCCUGCAUGUGCACAGUGCACAGGCCAACGGUAGCCCCAAGAGCGUGCCAGCCCUGCAGACACCACAGAGGCGGUUACUUAGAGGAGGAGUUGGUGCCAUGUUAGCCCGGCAGGUGGCAGCGGCGCUGCUGCUGUGGCUGAGCUGCUGUGUCUCAGCUCUGUGGAGAUACUACAUGAAUACCCCAGAGUAUGCCAUUUUUAGUACCAGGAGUUCUAUUAACUUAGAGUAUGAAGGAACGUCAUUUGACUCGUGGAAAAUACCAGAAACAUGUGUAGUUGAAAAUACUACAUCACCCAAGACAACACUACACUGUAAAAGCGCUGGUACUCACAGGAUAAAACCAAUUGCCACAACCCAAGAAGAAGAACGGUAUCUGACUGUGUCUGAUUCUUAUGUUUGCUUCUUGUGGUAUUUCACAGUUGUAGACGUUUAUUACAACUUAAGCCAGAUUGUCACCAUAUGGGUGUAUGAUCCAGAAAGUGCUAGCUCUGAAGAGCUGUUGAAGACCGCAAAGAAACCUUCACUGAAUUCCCAGGUACUAACCAAGCAUUUCUACACCAUGGGACAGCGUCCUUUCAUAUUCACACCUGAGAAGAGGCUCGUGUACCACUCAGGUUCCUUAACUUCAGAAGGAACCUGGGUCAUUCAUCUGCCAAUGUCUUCAGAUGAUAUAGUCAAAGUGAUAAAAGGUAACAAAGUGGCUUUCCAGGACUGCCUCAUUGCAAAUCGCCAGUUCAUGCUGACGUUUCCCGUAAUGACUAUGUUGGAGCCUCCUGGAUACCUGCCAAUCACCCUGCCAGCUGGAAGUCCACUGCUGAUUAGCUGGCAUUCCUGCAUCUCUUCGUAUGCUCUCUUGAUCACUGACCAGGAGAGCCUCCAAACAAAUGACUCCUUUCAAACCUGGGUCAAAAUAAGAGUCCCUCCAGGUAUCCUGAGUGACGCUCAAAGGCACAGUCUGAAGGAUGCGAUCCUAUUUGCGGAAGGAAUUCUGUUUCUAGUAGAAAGUACUGUUUACCUAAAAAAAGAUGGUGUAUUUAUGAAACUGAACAGAAGCAGAGGUAUUUCUGAAACUGGAAUUCUUGGCUUUUCAAGAAGACGAUGGUGUCAGAUUAGAUAUUUAUAUAAGCUUUCAGCAACAAAAACCAUAGUAGUGGCUUGGUCAAAAAGUGACUUGUUCAUUGGAUUUCAUACAUUUACCUUUGAGACAUUAGUGACUACUUCACGGCUAAAAACUAUUCUCAAGAUUCCCCCCACUGACACUCUGGAAAUAGCAACUGUUGAGUACUCAUGGCACCCGAAGGAGGCUGCUAUCGUGCUGUUCCACUGCUCUGUCUGCACCGACACCAGGAACCUUCGCAUAGUGCUGUAUAAUGGAAUAUAUGAUAGGUACACACUCAAGGAAUUUGGAAUAGAAGUGCCCAAGGAGAGAGUGUUAGAAGGUCGUUUUCUUUUCUCAGCCAUGCCUGAUAUGAUCCUGUGGGACCAACACAAUGUUUACUAUACCUACAGAAACUUCACUGCUGUUGGAACUAUCAAAACAGUUACAGGAGACACCGACUUCCCAUCGUUAGCACAGGGCAGCAAUGUCCACUUCGUCCUUGUAGAUAGUAUUGGAAAUAUUUUGAUUAAAAUGUUAAAUAAUAAACUGUUCUACGUCAAGGCUGACAUUACAGAGGCAGUUCCGCUACAUACAUGGAUAAACACGACCGCAAAGACAGCACUUUUCUUGGACAAAACUCGUCAACCAUGUUUAAUACACUAUAACGAAAACCUCGACGAAAAGAACCAGUUGCAGAUACAGCCAUAUCCCUUAAUUCUAGAGUUACAAAGUGUAAAUGAAGAAUUAAAAGACUGGUGCCCAUAUCUGGCUUUUCAACACAAUAUUGAAAGUCAGUUUUACAUUCUGGAUAAAGGAGAAAACCUGACAGUUUGGAGUCAACUAGUCUACCCAGAAAAUCGGGGUCUCUACAUUAUUGUGGAUCACUAUGGUUCAGAUGUAUUAACCUGGACACAAAAUGUUGAGUAUGAGAUUGCGUCGGGAUUCUGUACUAAAACUAUGAUAACAAGUUUUUUUCAGAAAACAAAUUACGAAUUAGUAGAUGAUUACUAUGAUUUACAACAAAAGAACGUAGGUCUCACACUUCUUCAGUUCCGACCUAGUGAGUCUUCAAGAACGUGUCCAACAGCCAAACCGGUGUUUGAAAUUGAUGUUGGCUGUGAUUCAAGUAAAUACAUUAUGGUUCAAGGAUUUAAUAGGAGUGGAUGUCAACGUCAUGAUUUUUCUUAUGUGAUUGACAAGAAUCUUCUGAGAGAGAGCCUAUCUGAAAAUCUGAAAGUAAGGUAUGACGUGGCAAAAUACGGCUGCCCUCGGACACUUCAAUUGGAAGAAAUGUUUCAUCCUGUCGUAGAAUUGUAUGAUGAAAGUGGAUUUAUUAAGAUAGUUGACGCAAAUUUUAUCGUGUGGGAAAUCCAUGGCAGGAAUGACUACACCUUUAAUUCUACUAUGGAGCAGAAUGGCUGUAUAAAUGAAGCACAGACAUGGGAGUCAAUGAUAGAGGAAAACCCGGGCAUGCCACUGGACGAAGUCUGGGGGCCUCAGAACUAUAGGCCUUGUUUUUCUUAUGCUGUUGGGAAGCCAGGAGACCUAAGCCAACCGUAUGAGAUUCUAAACCAUUCUAAUAAAAACAGUCUGAAGUGGUCCCUGACGUAUACUGGAAUGUAUGUAUUUCGCUUGAAGAUCUUGGAUCCAAACUAUAGCUUCUGUAACCUAACAACUAUUUUUGCGAUUGAGAGCUUAGGAAUGAUUCCCAGAUCAAGUAUCUACCUGGUAGCUGCCUUGAUUUUUGUCCUGAUGCUCACCUUCAUCAGUAUUCUAGUUCUGAGCUAUUUCUGGUACUCAAAGAUUUAUAGACAGUUUAUUUUUGAGCCACUUCACAAGCCUCCUGCAAAACAGAAGAAACAUUAGGAAAUCUGAGAGUUAAUUCU